AUGUUUACCAAUUUAUCAUUGCCACUUGAAAGUUUUCCAUGGAUAUAUUUUCUUCUUUUUCUAAUUGUUAGCACGUUUGCAGAUUUAGAUUCGGAUGAAUUUCAAAUUAAAUCAAAUGAAGCUUUACAAUUUCUUUUUCGUGAUCGGCGUAGUUUCCUUCAUCCAGGCAAGACCAAAUGUGAAGAGCAAAAACGUGAAGCUCGUAAAGCUUAUGAAGAAAAAUGUUCAAUACUAGGUAAACGUUUUUGUCCAAGAUUAAGUACAUGGAGAGAUUUUCAGCAAUGGGAAAUUGGUGGUGGUUAUGAAAGUAAAAGAAAUCCAUUGCCAACACAACCACCAACUCCGCAUAUACAAACAAUGCGUACAUAUCAUACACGUCUUUACACACCAGCAACAUUACCUACAUAUCACACACCUCUUUACACACCAGCAAGAUUACGUAAAUAA